CUCAGUGUCGAGGUUGGCAUUUGAUCGCCGUGUAUGGACUAGACCGCUGGCCAAGUUUGAGUUCGAGUUCGCAAAGCAAAUAAAGCUACAAACGGAUAGUUUUUCAUCUAAUACGAGUUGUUGUAACUUAUCAAUUGAAUCGCUUGUGGGAGUUAAGCCUCAAUAAUUGUGUGCGUGUAAUAUUUGGUGGCUUGUGUUAUACGUGUUUAUGUGUUUGUGCAUGAGGACUUUUAAUAAUUAUGUGCGUGACAUCUCGGUUUACCUUUGCAUUGUUGUUGUUAAUACGAGCACUUCUGUUUAGUGCAAGUGAAUAUGUUGAAAAUAUAUCUGAAAAUGCAUACCACAGCAAUGUUGAGCAUUCCAGUUCAACUGCUAAGGAUAUACUGAAUAACGCCAUACCUCAGGGCAUGACUGAUGUGUUGCCCAUCUAUUCUAAGGUCUCAGCUUACAAUGACAGCGUAAAAGGCGCCCAUAAACUCGGCUCAAUACCGCACAAUGAUGAAUACUUGGACCGUAAUCAGCGUCUUUGCUUCGAGAAACGCAGCUUGCUCUCCUGCAUCAAGUACAAGGCUUCAAAAAUUAUUUGGAUGUUGGCCACAAAUAGACUUGGCUAUUUCCCCAAUGAGUACAGCCGUGCCUUGGUGGAGGAUCAGCGCCGUGUACGCGUAAUACAGUUAGGUGAACCGGCGGAUAUUAUGGUUUUCAAUGAUGCUCGGAGUUUACAAGGUGACAGCGAAUUUGUGAGCUUUUUGAAGUUUCUCAAACGUGCUGCAGAAACCUUUAGCCGCAAUCACGCCGUACAAUUGCAGUUGUCCAGUGAAACAGGUGCGCGCAUCGUUGAUUCCGAUGUUGAUGGGCGUUCACGCCAUGAUCGCAAGCGCCGCAAAUGGCUGGUCAUACUGCCUCUCAUAAUUCUGCUGAAAAUCGCCCACCUCAAAAUGAGCGUUGUGACGUUGCUGCUUGGCGUUCUGGGGCUGAAUGUGCUGCUGGUAGGCGGCAUGGGCUGGUUGAUACACUAUCUGAAAUUCAAGACCUUGUGUAAAAUACAUCCGCAUUUGGUGCAAUCGCAUUCGCAUGUCUAUGAUUCCGAUCCGGCUGAUUAUUCCUCAUUCAUUGGCAGUAGCUUUCCUAGCUCCUAUUAUAGCGGCGCUGGUGGCGGUAUUCAUGAAGCUAACGCAAAAGACUGGGCCACAAGCAAGGCGUAUCAUGGCGGCAAUUAUUUGGACACCAUCAGUAAGCGGCUGAAAUAGCUGAAAACGAUGUCGUGGCGCUAUUUGUUGAACCUUUGGCGAACGUUUUAUGUGAGGUACUAUCGCUUUUAUGCGCAGGUACUCGGAAAUCUAGGGUAGACAAGUGAAUUAGAGAUGUGGAAUACACUUCAUAUCCAAUGUGGGUACUACUUUUCAUUUAUUUUCGGCUUUAGAAUUGCCCUUUCAACAUUAAGAGCCGGUUUCUGCAUAAAACCCUGCUAAACUAAGUUAAGUAUUGUUGGAGUAACCGGACUCAAAUCAAUGUUUGGGCUAUACACAUGGUCCUAUAAGUUUUUAAUAAGAAACUCUUCUCUAUCCAUAAUAUCUAACUAAUUUAUUUAAAAAUAUCUUAAGUUUUUGUGAUCUUUCCAGUUUGUUUUAGGAUUUAAUAAUACUACUUUUUGCUUCUUAUUAUAAUCUUUAUAAAUACUAUAAGUUACCGUUUUUACCACCGACAUGUUUAUUUAUUUAUAUUUAUUUUCUUCAGAGUGGGAUCUUCAUGUUUCAAAGACCAUAUUUAUAUUUACUAAUAUAUUUUGAAAACCAUUUUGUUCUUUUCGCAAAAUCAGAAAACACAUGUGUCUAUUGCUCUUUAAAUAUUCGUUAGGGUGGGCUUAUUAUAUAUUAAAAUUUAAAUGUGCUUUAUUUCCUUGUUAAUCAUUCCUUUCUCAUUAAAAAUAUUUAUUAUUCGCUUAUGUAAAUUUGCAAUAUAUUUAUUUUCAUGUUUCAUAAUUAUUUUAUUGAAAAUAUUUAUAUUUGUUCACGACAUUAACAAUAAAAAAUAAUUUAGUAAUUUUAAGUAGUCAAUUAUUUAUAAUAUUAAGA